CGUUGCUUCUGUUUCUUCUGGAGAGAACGAGGGAAGCGACAUCACUGUCUCUACUAGUUCACCUCACACUAACACAACAUUAAAGCUUUUGGGUAAACUAGAUAGGUGACGGGCUCUCACAAUGAUCAUCCCUGUCCGGUGCUUCACGUGCGGGAAGAUCGUGGGUAACAAGUGGGAGGCAUACCUUGGCCUACUUCAAGCAGAGUACACUGAGGGUGAUGCCCUUGAUGCCCUGGGCCUGAAGAGAUACUGUUGUCGGCGGAUGCUUCUUUCUCAUGUGGAUCUUAUUGAGAAAUUAUUGAAUUAUGCUCCAUUGGAGAAGUGAUUGUAACUGGCUACCUUCAAGAAUGACAUGGACAUUUAGGGGCUGUGGCGUGGACUGAUUGAGUGUCCAUGCCACAGCCCUGUUAAAAUAUUUAUGUGAUAACAAAUGGCAACUCAAGUAGACUUCUGGAACAUUAGUUUGUGCACCUUUUUUGAUAAAAAAAGUUUUUUUCUAAAUAAAGCUGUUGAAUGAAAUUGUUA